AUGGGCCAGUCCGGCUGCCCGCUGCGGGGCCUCCUGCUUCUGGCUCUGAUCGGUCGCCCAGGCUGCCUGGCCGUGGUGCAGAUCUCAGUGCCAGCGCAGGUCGAGGUGCUGCUGGGAUCCCCGGUCACCAUCCCCUGCACGCACAGUAUCACCGGGUCGCCUGAUGCCCGCCUGGUGGAAUGGUUCAUCACGGACCGGGACGGGGAGCGGCGGCGUGUGGCUUACAGUGAGGGGGGCCGCGGGGGGGUGGACCAGGGCACCGAGUACUCAGACCGUGUCAACAUGGAGUCCGAUCUCAGCCUGGUCCUGCUGAAGGCCGACGUGAGCGACGAGCGGGCCUUCUCCUGCCAGGUGACAGCGGGGGCCGCAGGCAGCGCCGAGGGGGUGGCCCAGCUCCGGGUGUACGAACCCCCCGAGCCCCCGGAGCUCACAGCUAACCCCGGGAUCCUGUCCGUGAUGGAGCGGUCGGCGUCAGAGAUCGCCACCUGCAGCAGCCGGAACGCCAACCCCGCCCCCACCAUCAGCUGGUUCAAGGAUGGGGCCCACCUGGAAGCCCCCAUUGAACGCAAUGACGACAUGUACGUGGUGUCUCGCUCCGUGAAGGAGGCCUCAGGGCUGCAGUCUGUGUCCAGCACCCUCUAUCUGCGCCCCAGCAAGGCCGACAAGGAUGCCCAGUUCCAGUGCCUGGUCCAGUACCCGCUGCCCCAGGGGCAGGUGGGCAACACCACCUCAGAGCGCUUCCGCCUCGUGCUGCACUAUUUCACGGAGAACGUGGAGUUCCUGCUGGAGUCUCCCCUGGUGAUCAAGGAGGGGGACGACGUGCGGCUGCGGUGCCGGGGGGAUGGGCAGCCCGAGCCGGAGUACAUCUUCUACCGGGUGCAGGCCUCCGAGGCCAUGGAACUGGCCACCAAGCAGGACGGGGUCCUGACCCUGCCCAGCGUUUCCAGGGCCAACAGCGGGACCUACCGGUGCCAGGUGCUGGACUUUGACAGCCCCCCCGAGGUGCAGCUGGAGAAGGAGGUGAUCAUCCACGUCAACUACCUGGACCCCCUGACCCUGCACCCAGGCAGACGAGUGACAGUGCCCCUGGGUGGAGACGUCACACUCACCUGCUCCGGACAGGGCUCCCAGCCCCCCAAACUGGCGUGGAGGAAGGGCAAGGAGCGAGUGGCUCACGGUGGCACCCACACCCUGCACUCGGUCUCGUACCACAUGGCCGGCACUUACACCUGCGAGGCCUCCGUGCCCAGCGUGCCGGGGCUGCAGCGGGACCAGACCGUCCAGGUUACCGUGGAAGGGAAGCCGGAGAUGGAGGAGCGCCUGACCCAGCACCAGCUCCCGGCCGAGGGGCAGCGCAUCCACCUGACCUGCUCCGCUGUGGGACACCCCGAGCCGGAGCUCAGCUGGAGCCUGCCGGGGGUGAAGCCGGUGGUGAGUGGCACGGGGAACCGGGUGACGAGCGAGGUGAUGGUGGAGGUGACAGCGGCACUGGCCAAGUCCGGGAUCUGGUGCCAGGCCAGGAACCGGUUUGGGGAGGCCACGCAGAACUUCACCCUGGAGAUCGAACCCCCAGCAGCUACCCCCUCCUCUUCCCCCCCGGCAGUGGGGGGCUCUGAGCCCCAGGGUGGCAGUGGUGCUGCGGUUGUGGCUGUCGUGGUCUGUGUCCUGCUGCUCCUGCUCAUCGUCGGCUUCUUUUACUGCAUGCAGCGCCGGGGACACCUGCACUGUGGGGCGGGGGAGAAGAGAUCACUGACACCCAAGGAAGGCGGCGCGGAGGACCCGGCUGUGGAGAUGAAGACGGACAAACGGAAUGAGCAGACGGGGCUGCUGAGCCCGAGCGGGGGCGGUGGGGGGGGCGAUGGGGGCCACGAGGUGAGCCGGGGGGCACUGCUGGGGGCAGCAUGA